UCCACAACUCAGGUCUCGCUCUUUUCCCGCUUUCUCCGUACGGAAAUAUACUUCGUGAUCUUCGGAAAUGAAUUAAAAAUUUCAUUAAAACAUAGCUUCAACAGUUGUACAUUUACAGAAAGGUACAACCAUUUGAUGCACUGGUCCACCGAAAUUAAUAAACAACUGACCACAGCCCAUAAUUCCCCCCCUCUCCUCUUCUUCCUCUUCAGUCUUCACACAAACAGAGCAGAGAGAUCAGAACCUGUGUGUGAAUUUUUUUUUCAACAACAAAAAAAACAAUCAAACAAAAGCCAUGGAGAUCAACAUCGUAGAUCACGAACUCCCCAACGAUUCCCACAACUACUACGACGUCUACUUCUACGACGACCGGGUCAACACCCUGGUGACCCACGACCCCGACGUGCUCUCCAACUGGCUCUUCCGCCUCCAGAAAAUCCACGGCCAGCGCCUCGGCAACCUCAUCGUCGGCCUCGACGUCGAGUGGCGUCCCAAUUUCAACCGGAACCAGGAUAACCCCAUCGCCACUCUCCAACUCUGCGUCGGCCGGCGUUGCGUCGUCUUCCAGAUCCUCCACUGUUCCAGGGAGUGCCAGAUCCCCGACGAUCUGAAAUAUUUCCUCGCCGAACCGGAUUUUACUUUCGUCGGUGUUGGGAUCGCCGGCGAUGUGGAGAAACUUGCGUAUGACUACGGGUUGUCUGUGGGUGGGAGGAUUGUUGAUUUGAGGGAUUUGGCUGCGGAUCGGUAUGGUAAUAAGGCGUUUAAGAACGUGGGUCUCAAGGAUUUGGCGAGCGCGGUUCUUGGCCGGGUUGUGGAGAAGCCGAAGAGCGUGACUAUGGGGAGGUGGGAUAAUCGCUGGUUGACUCCUCUGCAGGUUCAGUAUGCUUGUGUUGAUGCCUUCGCUUCCUUCGAGAUUGGCCGCAGUUUGGAAGCCGAUGACUACUGAAGAAUUUGGUCUGGCUGGUAGUGGAAAAAUAAAAGGUUGUUUAACUCUGAAUUUUGAAUUUGGCAUUUUUAUCUAGUCUGAUCUGGAAGAUGUUAUAUAUAUGUAGUGCUCUUGGUAGGCGUUUUAGGAUUUUGAGGGCUUUUUGCGUGAAGCCUGCUCUGGUAAUUUGGGGGGUUUUGUUCAUAUUGAUCUGAAUCGUGAUUAGAUUGUUGAAGGGUUUUUUCAUGGCUGUUGGCCCAAUCUGACCUUAAAUUGAAAGCUAUUGAAUGUUAAAUAUGCAUGGUUAACUUGGAAUUGUUUAUGUGAAUUUUGUCGAAUUUAAGCAAAUUGCAACAUAUGAUCCACAUGUACAAAGCACUAGAUGCUUGGCUUUGUAUAUUGUGUUAACCGGGAACCAUAACAGUGUGUAUUCUGUUGUGAAACAUUGUAUUUGCUUGUCUUGGUUUCUGUUUUCAGAGUGAAGAUGGUGUGCUGCGUUGUUUAGUUUAUUCUACAUUUGAUGAUGAAGCUUUGAUAUAACAUUGAUGAGUCUUGUUCAUUUGUUGUGCUCGUUGAUAGUCAUUUUUCGGAUGGUAACGAGGUCUACAUGGGGUUGGUGGUCAAAGGUCUUCAUGUGUCUUUUUGAGGACUCAUAAGACUCUUAUGGAUGGGCUAUUGCUCUCCUCUUCCCAAAGUAAGACACUCUUGUUGGGAUCCCAAUACCUAUUGAACACCUUACAUUUUGAAUAGGUUAGGUUCCUUUGAGUGAAGCUAUAUGUGGUAGAAUUUCCCUCCAUUUUGUAGUUUGUUUACAUUAUUA